AUGGGAAAACGGGUCAUCGUCACUGGAGGCUCCGGCGUCGUCGGGCGCUGGGUGAUACAAUCUCUUCUCACUCACGGCCACCAGGUUCUCAACCUUGACCAGAAGCCACUCGACAACGAAGCCGUCCAUACCAUCAAAUGCGAUGUGUCCGACGCUGGACAGGUGUUCAGCUCAAUGAGCAGCAACUUCGAGCUCAAGGAACCCCUUGAUGCUGGACCGCUCUCUCCCCCGGAUGCAGUUAUUCACCUGGCUGGCUACCCCAGACCACUCUUGGCUCCUGACAACGAGAUCUUUCGAGCCAAUGUCCUCGGGUUUCACAACGUUAUCGAAGCAGCUUGCAAGCUCGGUGUCCGCAAAAUCAUCUUAGCCAGCAGCGUCACCGUCUACGGCGUCACGUAUGCUCAAGGCGUCCAGCACUUUCCAUCGUUCCCCAUCGAUGAAUCCUUGAAUCCGACUCCUACCGAUCCGUAUGCGCUGUCAAAACUAGUGGGGGAAACAGUCGCAAAGUCUCUUGCACUUCGAUUUGGAGUGGACAUUUACUGUCUGAGGAUCGGGGCUGUCAUUCAACCUCAUGAAUACGACGAUCUAUUCGAAGACUACAUCUACAACGCAGCUGCAUGGGCUGUGCACGGUUGGUCUUAUACGGAUACCAGAGACUUGGGACAGAUGGUGAAUCGUGGUUUGGAGGUGGAUGGCCUCGGAUGGCAGGUCUUCAAUGCCACCAAUGACUCCAUCACAAACAUGACUCCUACGACAGAGUUUCUGCGCCACCUUUACCCUAAAACACCCAUCACGAGAACAUUGGAUAUCAGUGAAGCCCCGAUGAGUAAUAAGAAGAUACGGGAGAUGCUAGGUUUUGUCGAGGAGCAUCCUUGGAGAAAAUACUUUACCAGGUGGAGGGAAGUGAUGGACAAGCAAGGGCAACGUAGCUAA